AUGGCUCAACUUAUUGAGAAGGAGAAUCUUUACAAUGGAAUCAAUAAUGUCCAUAUCAAGUCACCUGUUAAAAAUGUUUUGGCUGCUCGGAAUGAAAAUGUAAAUGAGGAAAAGAUGGAAAUAGAAAAAGUAGACUCCAAAGUGACUACAUUUGAUCCGCAAUUGGAACCACUUUUACGUGAAAAUCCGCGUCGUUUUGUGAUCUUCCCUAUCAAGUAUCCUGAUAUUUGGCAAAUGUACAAAAAAGCUGAGGCGUCAUUUUGGACAGUGGAGGAAGUUGACUUAUCCAAGGAUUUAUCUGAUUGGGAAAACUUAAAGGACUGCGAGAGGCACUUUAUCAAACAUGUCUUAGCAUUUUUUGCUGCUUCUGAUGGCAUAGUUAAUGAGAAUCUGGUGGAACGCUUCUCACAAGAAGUUCAAGUUACUGAAGCAAGAUGUUUCUAUGGUUUUCAAAUUGCCAUGGAGAAUGUGCACUCUGAAAUGUACUCCUUACUUAUUGAUACUUAUAUUCGAGACCCUAAAGAGAGGGACUUCUUAUUCAAUGCUAUUGAAACCCUGCCGUGCGUAAAGAAGAAAGCUGACUGGGCUCUGCAGUGGAUUGCAAGCAAAUCUGCUACAUUUGGGGAGAGGAUAGUUGCUUUUGCAGCUGUAGAAGGAAUAUUUUUCUCUGGCAGUUUUGCGUCAAUAUUCUGGCUGAAGAAGCGUGGAUUGAUGCCAGGCCUGACUUUUAGUAAUGAGUUGAUUUCUAGAGAUGAGGGCUUGCACACAGAUUUUGCAUGUUUAAUGUUCAAACAUCUGGUUCAGAAGCCAAGCAAGGAAUGCGUACUACAGAUUAUCAAGGAUGCUGUUGCCAUUGAGCAGGAGUUCCUCACAGAUGCAUUACCUGUGCGUUUAUUGGGUAUGAACUGUGAGCUUAUGUCAGAAUACAUUGAAUUUGUUGCAGACAGGUUACUUGUUGAUCUAAUUGGAGAAAAGCACUACAAAACAAAGAACCCAUUUGACUUCAUGAAUUUGAUAUCGCUAGAAGGCAAGACCAACUUCUUUGAGAAGAAAGUAGGAGAGUACCAAAAGUGGGGUGUGAUGUCUAAUCGUAUGGACAAUGUUUUUACAUUAGAUGCUGAGUUUUAA